AACCUCUCUCUUCUCUUCUCUUUUCUUUUUAAUACACUUUUUUUCUUUUUACUAUCACAACUUUUUUUUCAGUUAUACCUACUAUGGCUAAAGACACAAAGAAAGACACCAAGGUGUCCAAGCGUACUAAGAAGGAUCCCAAUGCUCCCAAACGUGGUCUCUCUGCUUAUAUGUUCUUCUCUCAAGCUAACCGAAACAAGGUCAAGGAAGAAAACCCUGAUGCUACUUUUGGUCAACUUGGUAAAAUCUUGGGCGAAAAGUGGAAGAACAUGACCGAUGAAGAAAAGAAGCCUUACAACCAACAAGCUGAAAAGGAUAAAGCCCGUUAUGAAGCAGAAAAGGCCAAGGCGGCUUAAGAAAAAAAAAACGCGCAAGCAACCAUUCACACUCAGAUUACAUCACGCUCUCUCCUUGAUUUCCCAUUUGCUCUCUAUUUCUUUUUUUUCCCCUUUUUAUUUAGCUUUGUUUAUAGGCUUACUUAGUUUUCUUCAUGGUACAUUUUAUCAUCUCAUUUUAUCUUAUUUUUUUUUGUUUUAUCUUCAAAAUAAUAAAAUAAAAAAAAAAAACAAUUCUUCAAAAUAA